UUUAUUUAUUUAUUUAUUUACAAGUAUUAUUUCACAUACAUACAUACACACAUAUACAUAUAUAGAGAGGCAUUCAUAUAUACACACACUCAUACACACAUUCACUUAUAUAUAUAUACAUAUCAAUAUACACUUGUAAAAAUGGCUUUAACAAUGAAAUCAACGUCAUCAUGUUUAAUAACACGAAAAAGGAAAAGAAGUGAAAAGACAGUUAGAUUUGAUGUUGAACAUAUAGUUAUUAUCGACACUUAUUCAGCAUCCGACUAUGAUCGUGGCUCUCCUUUUUCUUUACCGCCUAUCCAAUAUAAAAUAAACCCUGCUAUACCCAAGCUAUCAUUGGAAAUACCUUCUUCUCCUUCUGCAUUUGAUUCUGAAGCAAGCAGUCCUGAUAUAGAAACACCUAUAGCAACAACAACAACAGAGUUUAUUAUAAAUAAGAAAAAUAAUAAAAAGAGACCCAAGCUUACGAUUAAUACAACAAGUCUAUCUACAGAAGGUCCACUCUUUUUUACAAAAUUAUCAACAAAUCAUUACAGACAUUCAACGAUUGAAGAAGAAGAUUACUCAAAUGAUUAUCUUGUGCCAAUGACUGCUCCAGCUGUAGCAACUACAUUUUCUUAUUAAGCAUUCGUUCUCUUUUUAUUUCUUGUCAUAUCAUUUAACAUUAGUAACUUAUCCCUCACCUUCUUCUCUUUCUUUUCUUGAUUACUAUUUACUAUUAUUACUAAUUAUCGUUUUGUUUUAUUCUAAUAAUACAUUUAUACUAUUUAUAUAAUACAGAAUAUAAUGUAGAACUUUGGCUAUAAUUAGCCAAUACUCUAUUUAUUUAUUUUUUUUGUUAUCGUUG